AUGGAAGAGAAUCCCAUCAGUAUCGAACCACUAAUUUUAGGCGGCCGUCCGACUCCAUUGGAUUCUGAAUUGCUUGGGUGGCCCGGUCACGAACGAACUUUCAGUGAAGAAUCUGGGACGUCUUCCACGAUAAUAAACACCAAUACUAAGGGUUCAUCAUCCGUGGCUUCUGAGGUCAAGAACUCCUUGAGUCAGGAUUUGAACCUUGGAAGGAUCUACAACAAAGCUAAAAUGCGCCGAGAUGAAAAUAUUCCGUCGCUAGAAAGGGCGCCUAACGAGAGUUUGGUAGCAGACAAUAAUUCAAACGACAAUAAUAAUGAUAAACAAGACAAGCACACUGAUGAUGAUGACGGAUCAAAGCUGCUGGAAAAGCUGAUCAAUGACACAUUGCCGUCCCCUCCUUCGUUUCCCCCCAAAGAAUUGCUUCCAGAUAGACUUUAUUCGCUUUAUAAUUUUCAGGGUCCUGAUUCGGGGCACAUCACUCUAAAAAAAGACGAUGCUGUGCAGCUUUUAAACGACGACGAUGGGUACUGGUGGCUUGUACGAAAAAUUAAUAUCGACGAUCCUUCUGCAAAGAACGUUGGAUUUGCUCCUGCUGAGAUACUAGAAACCUAUACUGAGAGAUUGGCAAGGCUAAAUUGCUGGAAGAAUGAGGAAGCUGAGAGAACUAAUAAGGAAAUCAUUCUUGGAUCAAACUCCACAAUCAAAGAGACGUCACUUUUGGAUCUCACCUGUGAUGAAAUAGGUGCGUCCCAUAAUCUGGAAGCUGAUACGACACGCAAGUCUGUAAAAUUCCAGAACGACAAUUUAGAAAUGGCCGAUAAAGAGAAGGAUAAAGAGACUGAGAUACUGAGUGAAGUUUAUUCUGAUUCGGUAGUUCCUUUGAACAUUUUCAAAAACAAGCGAUUGAACAAGCACAAUUUUCUAAUUAAAGAUCUUGAUUCGUAUGAGAUUGAGGCAAACCAGCUAGAAAGUGACCAUGACCAACAAGUUGACGAUUAUAAUGAUGAAUCAAUCCAGGAGCUGGACACCCAUCUCAACAGGAUAGAAAGAUCCGAUCAUGGACUAAGCAACAUUCAUAACCUUGUAGGUCCUUCGGAACUAAUUCUUCAUCAACCUGCGAAAAUCACUGACCCCGAUAUAGAAUCUAUUGGAACAUUCUCGCCGGAUGAAGAUGAAGAUUUCAGUACUGGCUCAUCUCCACAACUAACAGCGCGUCAUCCCCUAGCCGAUCAGAACUCUGAAGAUCUGCAAUCUCAUACAAGUAUUCCAGUUUCUGUGAAAACUUUUGAUUUAUCAUCAAAAGUAUUAAUUACUACACCAAGUCAACUGAAAGACGAUUCGUUCUCAUCUUUGCCCGCAAUUAACGACCCAUCGUCACCACCAGAGGAUCCUACCGCUUUGUUGAUCACCAUGCAAAAAGGUGAUUCGGAAGGAUCCUUAGUCAAAAGGAAUUCGUCACUCAAUUCAAAUGUUUCCUUUGAACCCACUCCAACUACAAGCAUAUCUUUUGUAAAUGAUAAGAUGACUACAAUCACAGAGCAACCCUCCACCCAUUCGUUAAGAUCACUCAAAGAACCAAUAGUGUUACACCCCACAGUAUCGGCGAUUUUUGACACUCUAUUAAAUGAUAUGACGGAACUAGAACGGAGACUUGCAAAUACUUUCCAUUCACCAACUAAAUAG